CGUUCAGAACUGUUCUAACAGAACAUGAGAAUGUGAGAUAUUUCACAUGAGAAAUGAUUCAUAUGAUAUGAUUGCGUAAUUAAAUUAAAUCCGUCGAUUUAAUUACAUCUUUGCAACAUUUGUAACUUAUGUUAUGUAUUAAUUAAGUAUUUGGAAAAUAAAAAUGACAGAAGAAGUGACUGCUAAUCAAUUUACACAAGAAAGAAAAUGGAAUGAGGUUAACAUAGGUGACAAUGUUUAUAUGAUUUCUGUUACAGAGAAGAAUAAUAGAAUCGAAGUUUUUUUAACUAAUUUUAUUGAAAUAUGGAUGGAGAUAUUGACAGAUGAGGUCAUUUUAAAAAGAUGUAAGGAUCUAAAUCCACUUCUAAAUGUUGAUGCCCUUAAUUAUAAAGAUAUUGUGGCAAGUAUUUUGAAUAAUUUACACACAUAUAUUGACGAAGCUUCUGUCGAACAAAUAAAAUUACGGAUUCAAAUAGACAGAGGGUCGAUGAAAUUUAUUUUGAAUCUAUCAAAAGGAACACAGCAAGAGCUUUGGGAAAUUAUAACCAAACCUCUGUGUAUAUCAUUUAUGGAAUUAAAUCGUCGGCACAAAAUUAUAUUAGAUUUAAUAAAAAAGAAGGAUAAGGAAAUUGCUGAAUACAGAGCUGAAGGUGUUGAAUUAACAAGAAAAAAUAUUCAGACGGAAGUUUUUAAAGAAGAACAAUUAAAGAUGAUUAUUCCAGUUCCCAGUAUGAACACUUAUAUAAAUGUGUUUCAAGAAAGUGAGAAUUUUUACAACAAACUUAAUUUGCAGAAAGAGAGUGAGGCAGUUACAAAAUCUGCAAGUGAUACUAAUGGGAAUAAGAUUGAACAAACAGGACAGACUUCACUUAAUCCUAUAAACAAGCAUAACAAUGGUUCUAAACAAGAUAUUUUAAGAAGAGUUCUAACUGCAACGUCCACAAAAUCAAGAGGCACAAGUCAGAAAGAUGUACAUAACACUAAAAUGAGAACUAUAAAUGUGAUGCACAAGAAACCUAUUAAAAAGUUAAGUAAAGGAUUAAAGAAUUUUAUAUCGUAAAAUUAUGCGAGGAUUAAUGAAUGUAAAAUUAGAAUUUAAUUGUAUGCAAAAAUGAAUGCGUAUACCAUAUUCUAAAAUCAGAAAGUAUGUAUUCUCUAUUACGUACAAUUUGCAUAAAUUACAAUGAAUUUGUAUGAAAUUACAUAUUUAUCAAUUUGAA